AUUUUGAUCAGUACGUUUUACACCUCUUUAACCUAGCUAGCUAACCCAAAUCACUCCCCCUAUAUAUGGAUGGCAUCUAUGGUUCUUAAUUUACCAUAUAAUUAACCUGCAGUCUGCAGAAAAAUUAAAGCAUGAAAUACAACGAAAUAUCCCACUUCAGCCACCCGCAACACAAGCUGAGAUUUGAGUACACAGAAUUUCCGUUCAAAUGCGAUGGGUGCAAGGAGGUAGGCAUAGGGUCGCGCUACAAAUGCGGCAUAUGUGACUUCGACCUCCACAUGCACUGCGCAAUCCCUACACCCUCCAUCACCCAUCCUUUCUACACCAAAUGCUCCUUCCAGUUCCUCUCCCGCCCGCCGGGCAAUGUCGCGCGCUUUUGCAACGCCUGCGAAAAGGACAUCACGGGGUUUGUCUACCACUGCAAGACGUGCGGGUUCGAUCUCCACCCAUGUUGCGCCAAGCUCCCCAUGAUGCUCGACGAUGGGGAAGUCAAGCUGUAUCUUUAUCGGAAAGUGAGCUCAGCCUGCCACAAGUGCGGGCGGAAGGGGAGGAGCUGGAGCUAUAGGUCUACGUGCAAGAAGUACAAUUUACAUGUGGCGUGUGUCAGGGAGAUGCUCAUGGAAAGCUGGCCGGAUAUCUACGUUGGACGUGGAAAAGCUAGGAGCUUGGAGACCAGAAUUCCUAGCCUAAAAAAUACGCUUCAGAACCACCACCAUAAGAGCAAGGGGUCGAAGGUGAAAAAGUGUUGUGAGAUGGCUGGAUUAGCCGUGCAGUUUGUUAUAUCGGCGGUGCUCGGAGAUCCGACGACUCUGAUUGCCGGAGUUAUAGGGUCCUUUAUGUCACGGUGAUGAUGCAUGUGUGGUUGAAUCGGCCGGCCGGAAUGGGAUUUUGCUGUUAUGGUGCGUUCGGUGCAUGUGCUUGUAGGUGUGAUAUAUAUAUAUAUAUAUAUAUAUAUAUA